UCACGUGUUAAUAAUUAUCGAAUUUGAUGGAGGUAACUCGAGAGGUCACUCAUGUCACUAUUAAAGAGGCAGAUAAGGGAGAGCCCAUUUCUUUAUUAUCAUUCUCUAAUGGUCGACUUGAUUCCUGUUCAGAUGUCAAAGCAAAGCAUUCCCUUUACCAAGAGAAAGGUAUGAAGAGGAGGACACUGGUUACAAAGACGGACCACAUGACAUACAUUGGUACCAAUUACGAGACUGAGGGAACCAUGAACACCUUCCCUUUUAGAAAGUAUAUGGUUGGUGUUCUUGAUAAAGAGACUGGUACUAUGGAGUUACAUAAUACUGAUAUAUUUCAUAUGACACCUUAUAUCAAAGGUAAAACUGAUACUCCAGUGACUGAUCCUAAUCCCUCCAAGCGUAAGGCCAUAUCCAAGGAAGAGUAUUCUGAGGGUCUUGAGAAAGUGAUGAUGUCAUUCGGUAGCUCUCGGGCAAAGAAAGCGUGGUCAGCAGCUAAGAGGAACCAUAUAGACUCACUGAGACUGGAGGAGACACUAGCACCUGCUGUGAGUCAUAUUGAGACUGAAAUGGAUAAGACUAUGAACGAACUAGAUGAUGUUCCUGAGCAGACAGUACAGACUAAUCCUUACCUGCCAGUGUGUAAUACUGAUGCUGCAACUCCUGAUGAAGUAUAUCUACUUAAUGACUUGAUUAGUACAGAAGAGAUGAAGCUAUUGAAAUCAACUGCUACAUCACUGAUUGAAGGGAAGACAACACUUUCUGGCACUUUAGUUAAAGAAGAGGAAAGGUCUCAGUUUCUUCUCACUAAUUUUUCUAUGGCCAGUUCUAGUACUGUCAGACCUGUUGAGCUGGUGUCCAUGCUAUUCUAUUGUGACUAUCUCAUUACUCUGUAUAAAUCUUCACCUAAGACUGUCCAGCGAUUUGGUCUACAGAAGUGUUCCAGUAUACCUCAUUUCAUGCACUCAUCUUUACUGGAUAAGUUCACUGAAGGAGGAGGAGGAGGGAGGGCAGGAGCUAAAGGGGCUCAAGGCUCCUUCAGUAGUAAAAUGAAAGAUAAAGUGAUGUCAUAUCUAUUUGCUAUUGCUCUAAGAUUCUCUGGGUAUACUCUCAAUUCAUCAGUGCUUCAGAAAGACCUUCAGAUAUCAUCAAACAAAGUGAUGAGCAUGUUCCGUGUAUUAGGUUGCAGUGUGUCAUUAGAUAAAUCUGUCAGUUCAGGACUCAAGCAGUACAAUAUUACACUGAAGGUCCCUCCUGUAUUCCCUACUAGCAAUCGCAAGAAGAGAAAGCUAUAACUGUUGGCCAUGCACUUUUAAUUGUGUAAAAAUUUAAUUUAUUACUAUUACUGAUUGAAUGAUAACGAUUUUAAAAUCAGAUAAACC